AUGAAAAUGUUGCAAGUGGCAAGAGCAUGUCAGAUGGGCAUGCUAGAGGUAGGCAGCCUAGGCGUGUGGCUUGGAGAUCGUCAGGCAUCCGGAAGUUCAGAUGUGUCAUCUGGAAGACUAGGAGGCAUGUUGGAUGACACAAAUGGCUUGCCGAAUAAGUGUGGUAGACAGGUAAGCACAACAUGCAUCCGGAAGACUAUUGGAAGCAUGCCAGAUGCUGAUCCGGACAACAUUCAAAACCUUCUGGAAUUUGCUAUGUGA